AUGAGCGACACAAAGUUCAAUAAUAGUGCAUAUCAGCAACAUUGUCUACGCACCUCAAAAUCUGUUCCGCCUUUGCCCGUUCAGGCUCCAGUAGAUGGAAAAGAGCUGUGGAGAAUGAUGAUGGGCGAAGCUUCAUCCUUCAAUACCCCCAUUAUCCAAGUGAUCAAACGUUUAAAAGGUGAUUGUUUGUCUAAGCCUAACUCGUCCUUAUCAUCUGUUGCACUACACCCAGGCUCAGGAAGUUACAAGGUAGCAGCCCUGACGAAUAAUUUCAACCUGGCUCCGGGAGUCAAAGAGGAUGACGCGGAGGCCCUAGGUAUCAUGCCCAAAGAGAUAAAGCAACUGUUUGACGAUUUCAUUGAGAGUAGCCAAGUGGGAAUGCGGAAACCGGAUCCGAAGUUCUUUCAGUAUGCUUUGAAUCGAUUGGGUGCGGAGCCACACAGAACUGUCUUUCUAGAUGAUAUUGGGUCAGUGGCUUGUCUUUUGUUCAUGUCACUUCAAGGCGCAAAUUUCAGAAAUAUGAUAACAGAGUUGGAGUCAACUGACCGAGUCUAUUUACAUCCCUCCAAAUCCGCACACAGCAUGAACCUCAAAGCCGCACAAGCAUUGGGGAUCAAGACCAUACGGGUGGGUAUUUAUGAUGUCGACCCGGCAAUUCGUGCUCUGCAAAAAUACGUACCAGACGUAGACUUAUUGAGUUGCUGCUCUGAUCAUGCUGGAGUAUCCAAAUUAUAG